AUGGCGCUAAUGAUACUCCACCCCUCAUCAUCUUCAUCUCUUACCAUCAAGAAAUCCCGACUCCUCCUCCACACAUCAUCCCAUUCCCAUCCCAAGACCGCUAAUUUUUCUAUCAAAUCCGAACAAGAUUCCUCCUCAAACCAACCUACAGAACAAACCCCUCCCAAUCCCAAGAAAGCCAACAAUUUAUCAUCUGGUUCUGGAUUUGGCUCUGCAUCUGCAUCGUCCACAGUGUCCUCUUCCAAGAGGAAACAGCAGAAGGGAAAAAGAGAAAGGGCCUCCAUAAUUCGUAGAGAACCGCUGGAAAAACCCAAGUUUGUUGCAACUCCACAAGAGGAAGCGAGGAGCGAAGAGCUGAGGAAGAAUGAGGGUGCUUUUCUUCUUGCUUGGUUGGGACUCGGCGCAAUUAUUCUUGUCGAGGGUAUUGUUCUUGCUGCCUCAGGCUUUUUACCAGAAGAAUGGGAUAAGUUCUUUGUGAAGUAUCUUUACCCUUCUUUUACUCCAACAGUGUUCUUGUUUGUGGCCGGUACAGUUGCCUAUGGAGUUUUGAAGUACUUGCAAAAUGAGCAAUUUAACCGUGAAAACUGA